AGCAAGAGACUGAGCCCAAAUGGCUUCACAACACAAGCCGCCUUCCAACCUCUGAAUUCGAUUGUCUCUGCUCCUCUAAUGGCGCCGUUCCCUCCAUCAACGCCCCUCCAUCUCUUCCUCUUCUUCUCCAUCUCCAUCUCCAUUCUCCCAAUCUCAGAAUCGCAACAACUGCAAGGGGUCUGUGGUCUUGAAUGGGAUCCGGCGCUAUGCUCCACUUCCGGGAAGAUCUUGAUCAAGGGAGGGACUGUGGUGAACGCUCAUAACAAGGAGGUCGCCGAUGUCUAUAUCCAGGAUGGAGUCAUCGCCUCCGUUAGGCCCAAUAUCAUUGUUAGUGAUGACGUUACAAUUCUUGAUGCAACUGGAAAGUAUGUAAUGCCAGGUGGGAUUGACCCUCACACUCAUCUGGCAAUGGAGUUUAUGGGCACUGAGACAAUUGAUGACUUUUUCAGUGGUCAAGCUGCAGCAUUGGCUGGGGGAACAACUAUGCACAUUGACUUUGUUAUACCAGUUAAUGGAAAUCUGUCAGCUGGUUUUGAUUUGUACAUGAAUAAAGCUAAAAAUUCAGUAAUGGAUUAUGGUUUCCAUAUGGCUGUGACAAAGUGGGAUGAAACAGUUUCUGAAGACAUGCAAGUCUUGGUUAACGAAAAAGGAAUCAACUCUUUCAAGUUUUUCAUGGCUUACAAAGGAUCCUUUAUGAUCAAUGAUGAGCUUUUAUUGCAAGCAUUGGAAAGAUGCAAGAACCUUGGUGCCUUACCAAUGGUUCAUGCUGAAAAUGGAGAUGCUGUUGCAGAAGGACAGAGAAAGAUGAUAGAAUUAGGAAUAACAGGUCCUAAGGGACAUGCACUUUCAAGGCCUCCAUUGUUUGAAGGAGAGGCCACUGCACGUGCUAUACGUUUAGCUAGAUUUGUAAAUACACCCUUAUAUGUUGUUCAUGUGAUGAGUAUUGACGCCACUGAAGAAAUUGCCAGGGCCAAAAUGUCAGGGCAAAAGGUUAUUGGAGAACCUGUAGUUUCAGGGUUAGUCCUUAAUGAUUCUUGGCUUUGGAACCCAGAUUUUGCUAUUGCAGCACAGUAUGUAAUGAGUCCUCCAAUACGGAAAUCUGGACAUGAUAAAUCACUUCAAGCUGCCCUUUCCUCUGGAAUAUUACAGGUAAGUUUGCUCCCUGAUCAGACCUAUGUUGGCUUGUACAACUCUAGGUCACUGAGACUUGUACUAAUCUUCACUCAUCUAUGACUUCAGUCCUAGGUUCUUGAUUGCUCAAUAUUGUGUAUAAAAGCCCUUGUAAUGCAAUGGGGA